AUGUUCAUUGAUUGCGAUUUUGUUUCAGUGAAACCCAAUAAAGUGAAAAUCGUCACACCUAAUGAUCUUCUUUCAACGAGAAAAUCUCAGACAGUUAGAUGCGAGACAUCUGGAUCAUAUCCUCCAGCUAAAUUAACGUGGCUUUUGGAUGGAAAAGCGAUUAGGAACGCCGUCAUUACGGAAGAAGAAACAGAAACAUUUACGGGAAGUCUUCUAACUCUGAACGUAUCGCCAGACGAUGACGGAAAAGAGUUGGUUUGUCGAGCAGAUAAUCCCAGAUUUCCAGGCGGAACAGCAGAAGACAGAAGGCAAAUACAUGUGGCAUGUAAGUCGUAA